GUUUCCAUGGAAAAGUCGUUUUUCCUCGUUCGAUGACGUUUCGCUUAAAUGCUGUUUUGCUUUGGAAGAAAUAUGUACCGAUCUCACUGUAUUUUAAUUUUGAUAUUUAUUUUAAAUGAUAAAUUAGCAGCUUAUAAGUUUAAUUUUGAUGCUGCUGAUAUCGAAUUCUCUACAGUUUUGAAAGCAAAGUCAAGAGAAUGCUUUUAUCAAUUUGCAAAGCCUCCUCAGACGUUAAGAUUUGAAUUCAGGGUUGUUGAUGCUGGUUACAGUAAAUUUGAUGUGAAUAGUGAUUUAAAAAUUACUUUUUACGUAAUUUCUCCCCAAAAGAAAACUGUUUUACAAGAGAAUAAAAAAGAUAUGGCAAUACUAAAAUAUAAGGUGACAAGUCCAGGGGAUUAUAAAGUCUGCUUGGAUAAUGGCUUUAGUCAGUCAUAUGAAAAAACUGUAUAUUUUGAAAUAUCGAUUGACACAGAAACUAACUGGGAUACGAUUAACGAAAUGCUCGAGGAAGACACAAAAAGCAAUGAUACAAUCAGUCGUUUGAAGAGGACGGCACAAAAAGUUCGAACUAACUUUGAAAACAUCAAACACUAUCAAGAUACUUUAAGAGCAGUUGAAGCCCGAGACAUAAAUAUCCAAGAAAAGAAUUUAACUAAAGUUAAUUCAUAUUCAUCAUUAACUACAGUGGCAAUGAUUCUCUUUGGAGCACUGCAUCUGUUGCUGUUGAAAAGCCUGUUUAAUCCAUCCAGUUUACUUUUCAAAAUACUGAAAAUACUAUGUUGAAAAAAACUGUGAUGUCGUUGCUUGUAACUAACUAAUAAAUGAGACAGUGAACAUUAAAUAUAGCUAUAAUUUUCCAUACCAGUUACUAUCUGCUUCAAUAUCGUAUGUUUCGAAAACAAUGAUUACAGAGGUGAACGGAUGCCCCUGAAUACUGCUUUAAUUUUAUUAUCUGCAACUGCAUAUUUUAUGCAUGAAACAAAAACGAGAAGACUGCUACUCUUCAAUAGAGUUUACUUUGAACUUAGAGAGGUAUUUUGUGAAUAUUGCAGAUGGAAAAAUUCAUUCUUUUACAAUUUGAUUCCUUGUAGAUGCAAGACAAAAAGUUUUUCAAGCAUAACAUUGCUCACACUGUUAACCAAGUUAACUUAUAAUAUUUAAGUUAACUUGGUAAAUGUUUAACUCCAUUAUUGUAUCUGUUUCAAAUCCUGAAUGUUUCUUUGAUUUUCAAAAAAUAUUUAAAUCUAAGGAAGUAUAUCGAAUAUGAAUCAUGUGACUGAGUUGGGCACGUUUAUUCUGAAAUAAUAAAUAUGACAUUUUUUCCCCAAACAUUUUACUGAAAGAAAUGCACCAGAACAUAAAAAUUACGUUGAAAUAAAAACCUUAUUUCAAUCUUAA